AUGGGUGUGACAUUGGAUGAUACAUUGAACAAUAUGAGAGACGGCGUAUAUACUUUUCGUGCACAUAAAGGAAUAUAUCACAGAAUCGACCAAUUAGUUCCGAGGGAUGGGACUCCUAGGUACUUGCAGUUGUAUUUUUACGAUCCUGAUACUGAGUUAGAUCACAGACUCCGAUGGCCAAAUCUUGAUCGGCGUAUUACUCAGAUUUUAACACGCGUUCUUUCUACAAACCCAUAUGUCGAUACAUUUAGAAGACUUGCGGAACUAGGACCUCUGGACAACUAUAGAGUCACUUUGAAUACUUCGGUUGAACUUGACCAAAGGGUGUACAACCGACCAACGACAUCGGAGGUUGCUGGUAUUUGGGUUGAAGGUAAUGACAAUAUCACUUCGUAUAAACGAAGUAUUGUAGUGUACGGUAGGUCUGAAUAUAGCCAAACUAUUCAGCCGUACUUCAGUUGUUACGAUCCAUUGUCGUAUCCUUUAUUUUUUCCUAAUGGUGAGUCGGGUUGGCAUGCUAACAUACCACGUCAAGGAGUAUCAAUCAAUGAGGUUCGCAACAAUGACAACAUCGAAGGAGAAAUGGAAGAGGCUAACACACGAAGUGGUAGAACAACCGUGGCUAUGCGAGAGUACUACUGUUACAAGUUCCAGAUUCGAUCUACCGAUAAUGUGCUUUUGUUCGGUGGUAGGCUGCUACAGCAGUUUGUGGUUGAUGUUUACAUCAAAAUUGAGACGUCACGCUUAGAAUUUUGUGAGAGAAACCAGGAAAAAAUUCGAGCCGAAUUGUACCAAGGUAUUGUGGAUUGCGUCAAUACUGGCGAGGUUCAUGCAAACAGAGUCGGGAAAAGAAUUGUGUUGCCUGCAUCUUUCAUCGGGGGGCCUCGCGACAUGCGACGUCGGUUUCUAGAUGCGAUGACGUUAGUUCAAGACGACGGCAAGCCUGAUGUAUUCCUUACAAUGACAUGUAAUCCUAAGUGGCCUGAGAUAUGUGAUAACUUACAUGUUGGUCAAACUGCUACAGAUCGUCCAGACCUUGUUUCAAGAGUGUUCCGGGCUAAAUUAGAAGAUCUUAAGGAUCAACUCUUCAAGAAACAUGUCCUCGGGGAAGUUAAGUCAUACGUCUAUGUCAUUGAAUUUCAAAAGCGGGGUUUGCCGCACGCACAUUUUCUCCUAAUCAUGUACCCGCAACACAAGAUCAAUAACGCGGACCAUUAUGAUAAGGUUGUGUGUGCUGAAAUUCCUAACAAACUAACACAUCCCAGAUUGCAUGAGAUGGUUGUCAAGCACAUGAUUCACGGUCCUUGCGGCAAUUUACGAUCAAGCAGUCCUUGUAUGCAGGGUGAUCCUAAAAUUUGUCGUUUUCACUAUCCUAGACAAUUUAACGAACAGACGACACAAGGAGAAGAUUCGUAUCCGUUGUAUCGAAGGAGAGACACCGGGAUAGAAGUGGACCUACGAGGACAAACACUUGAUAAUAGAUGGGUGGUCCCAUAUAACCCAAGGCUUUUGAUGAUGUUUAACUGCCACAUGAAUGUUGAAGUUUGCUCAAGUAUAAAAUCUGUGAAAUAUCUUUUCAAGUAUGUUUAUAAAGGACAUGACAAACAGGUUAUUCAAGUCGAUCAAAGUGAGCCAGGGGUUGUUAUUAAUGAGAUAAAAAGAUUUCAAGAUGCACGCUACAUAUCGCCCCCAGAGGCUAUGUGGCGAAUUUUUUCCUUCUCUCUUUCUCAAAUCUUUCCUGCUGUUCUAGCCUUACAACUUCAUCUCCCAAAUAAUCAGAUGGGAAAGGGAUAA